AUGAAAACAUUUGGAGAAGUGCUAUCUAAUGAGAGGCUGGUUCAGAAAGUGUUAAUCAGUCUUAGUAAAGUGUAUGACCCUAUCUGUUUGGUGAUUGAAAAUACAAAGAGCUUGGAGACUAUAGAAUUGCAGGAGGUCAUUGCAAUAUUGAAGAGCCAAGAGCAACGUUUUGAGAUGCAGAAUGUGGACUCAGCUGAGAAGGUAUUUGCCUCCUUCUCAGUAAAUACAAAAAAUCAGAACAAGAAUAGUACUCAAACUGAUCCUGCUAAGUCUCAGAAACAUUGGCAGUCUAAAAACAAGCCAUGGGAUUCUAAACCUAAGCAACAACAGACUGAUGCUGCACAGAACUCAAAUGGGUCACAAUUCAUGCAUCAAGAAGGAGUGAAACCUCAAUGCAAAGUAUGCUCUAAGUUCCAUUUUGGAGAAUGUAGAUAUAAGGGACAAACUAAGUGCUACAAGUGUGAAAGAUUUGGGCAUUGGGCUAGGGAGUGCACUACAAACAAAGGUGUGCAGAAAGCAAAUAAUGCAAGUAAAAUGGAAGUAGGAGGAAACUUGUUCUUUGCAAGCAGUGCAAUUUUAGAAAAGAGUGCAAACGAAGAAUGGUAUGUGGAUAGUGGUUGCAACAACCAUAUGACUGGGAACAAGAAGUUGCAAAUUGAUAUAAACACAAAUGUGGCAGGCAAGGUGCAAAUGCCAACAGGAGAGCUUGUAAGCAUAAUUGGUAUGGGUACUUUAGUACUUAACACAAGCAUUGGUACAAAGUAUAUUAGAGAAGUCAUGUAUUUACCUGGUUUGAAAGAAAAUUUGUUGAGUGUGGGUCAAAUGGAUGAACAUGGUUAUCAUUUGGCGUUUGGAAGUAGCAUGUGCAGUAUUUUUUAUGAUUCUUCACUGGAGAAUCUUACCAUGAAGGUGGCAAUGAGAAAGAAUAGAUGCUAUCCAUUGUCACUGUCUUCAAAUGACUUUAUUGCACUAAGAGCUGGUGUGUCUCACUCUACCUGA